UCAAGACUGUUCCAGACCUGUUGGAGACAACAUGGAUUUAAAGGGCAAUGACAUUCUUCUAACUAGUUUCCCAGAUGGGACCACAGUUACUUUUGCCUGUAAUAUUGGAUAUGUGUAUGCAGGAGGGUCCCCAAGUGUUACUUGUACUGCUGGAAGUUGGAGUCCUGUGCGGUUGAAAUGCCAAAGGUACAACUGUGGCCCAGUGCAUGAAGUUGAAAAUGGACAGAUUGAAUAUCAUCCUGGGACUGAAUUUGGUGAUAAAGCAGUGCUCAUUUGUAACCCUGGUCAUAUGCCACUUGGUGGAGGAGAACUCACUUGUGGAAGCCAAGGGUGGAUGGGCAGGUUGCCUGUAUGUGAAGCUCAAGACUGUUCCAGACCUGUUGGAGAAAAUAUGGAUUUAAAGGGCAAUGACAUUCUUCUAACUAGUUUCCCAGAUGGGACCACAGUUACUUUUGCCUGUAAUACUGGAUAUGAGUCUGCAGGAGGGUCCCCAAGUGUUACUUGUACUGCUGGAAGUUGGAGUCCUGUGCGGUUGAAAUGCCAAAGGUACAACUGUGGCCCAGUGCAUGAAGUUGAAAAUGGACAGAUUGAAUAUCGUCCUGGGACUGAAUUUGGUGAUAAAGCAGUGCUCAUUUGUAACCCUGGUUAUAUGCCACUUGGUGGAGGAGAACUCACUUGUGGAAGCCAAGGGUGGUUGGGCAGGUUGCCUGUAUGUGAAGCUCAAGACUGUUCCAGACCUGUUGGAGAAAAUAUGGAUUUAAAGGGCAAUGACAUUCUUCUAACUAGUUUCCCAGAUGGGACCACAGUUACUUUUGCCUGUAAUAUUGGAUAUGAGUCUGCAGGAGGGUCCCCAAGUGUUACUUGUACUGCUGGAAGUUGGAGUCCUGUGCGGUUGAAAUGCCAAAGGUACAACUGUGGCCCAGUGCAUGAAGUUGAAAAUGGACAGAUUGAAUAUCAUCCUGGGACUGAAUUUGGUGAUAAAGCAGUGCUCAUUUGUAACCCUGGUUAUAUGCCACUUGGUGGAGGAGAACUCACUUGUGGAAGCCAAGGGUGGUUGGGCAGGUUGCCUGUAUGUGAAGCUCAAGACUGUUCCAGACCUGUUGGAGAAAAUAUGGAUUUAAAGGGCAAUGACAUUCUUCUAACUAGUUUCCCAGAUGGGACCACAGUUACUUUUGCCUGUAAUACUGGAUAUGAGUCUGCAGGAGGGUCCCCAAGUGUUACUUGUACUGCUGGAAGUUGGAGUCCUGUGCGGUUGAAAUGCCAAAGGUACAACUGUGGCCCAGUGCAUGAAGUUGAAAAUGGACAGAUUGAAUAUCAUCCUGGGACUGAAUUUGGUGAUAAAGCAGUGCUCAUUUGUAACCCUGGUCAUAUGCCACUUGGUGGAGGAGAACUCACUUGUGGAAGCCAAGGGUGGUUGGGCAGGUUGCCUGUAUGUGAAGAGGUUGAAUGUGGAGAUCCAGAGAUUCCAUUUGCUCAAGAUCAUUUUGGAUAACUGUGUUGAUAGCCAGUUUCCUUUUUGUUUCCUACAAGUUGGAUAUGAAGAGUCCAAAUGAUGGAUGGAAUGAGGAUUUUUAACCUCUGAAGAGAUAGUUGUCAUCAGCAAUGUUAAAGUGUGAACCUGGAUACAUAAUCAAUGCAAACAUUACCAUGACAUAAAAAGUUACUGGUCACCUGGACUUCCUUAAUGUACACGCAUGUUAUGAAUUAAAAUUGCUUAAGUAUAUGUAGCGUCACUUCUCAAUUGUUGUUAAGAUUUGUAUUAAAUACCUCAGGAGUUUGCUAGCAUAAUAUAGAGAUAAUUUUGGACAAUUGUAGUAAUUUCCAUUCUGUGAAUGUGAAGAUCCUGUGAUUUGAUAUGACUGAAUAAUGGUUCUCCUCCUGUCUGUGGUCUUAUUUCAGGGAAGAUCUGGAUAAGUUAAGAAAGGCCCGUGUACCCAGAUAUACGAUAUGAUAUAAAUGGUUUGGCUACGUGGAGUGUCACAAAAGUCAUUAUAUUUUGUUUUAAUUUGAUUUCACAUUGCUGCAUGUGAAUGAUCAUAUAAUGUUCACUUUUAUGUUCAGAAAACACUAUUUGAUAAACAGUUUCCACAA